GCGGCGGGAAGAUGGCUGCGCGCGGUGCUGGCGCGCGGGGCCGCGGCGUUCCCGGCAAGCGGAGAUCCGCGGUGGCUCGGCAGGACCUGCUGGCUCGGGAAGAGGAGUAUAAGCGUUUAAAUGCAGAAUUGGAAGCCAAAACGGCUGACCUGGUGCGACAAGCUGAGGAAGUAAUAAGAGAUCAACAGGAAAUGCGAUGGAGACCUCUUUCAGCACAAGUCAAGUCACAUGAAGGGGAAGGUGAUUAUAGUACAAGAGCUGUAUCGUCUUCUGAAGGGAUGGUUCAACGACAUUCAGAAACUAAGCCAAAGACCAAAAAUAUUGCUCCUGUAAGCAAGGUUCAGAACAAACUUCACUCUUCAAGUAAAGGAAGAAAAAGAAAUCCAAGUGCUAAGCUGAAGUUCUCCGAGGUGCAAGCUGCCGAUGACGUGGCCAUUCCAGAGGACUUUGCAGACUUCUCUCUUGCAAAGACAAUCUCCAGGAUUGAAGGGCAGCUGGAAGAGGAAGGUUUACCAGAAGACGUAGACGAUGAUGUCUUCUGUGGGGUUAGCGAGGAUAUUGGAACAGAGGCCCAGGUCAGAUUCCUCAAGGCUAAGCUGCGUGUCAUGCAGGAGGAGCUGGAUAAGGUUGUGUGCGAAUGCAAUAGAAAGGUGAGGUGUGAGGAGCCCUCAGGAGAAAUGCUAUCAGAGGAAGAUGAAAUCCAGGAUUUAAAGUCUCAGGUGAAAAAUUUGGAAGAAGAUUGUAUGAAACAGCAGCGAACAGUGAGUGGUCAGCAGUUGCAGAUAGGAAAAUACAAAAGUCUUUUUGAAGAAGCAAACAAGAAAUGUGACGGGUUACAGCAGCAGCUGUCAUCAGUAGAAAGGGAAUUAGAAAACAAAAGACGACUGCAAAAGCAGGCGGCCACCAGUCACAGUGCCACAGAGGUCCGCUUGAAUCGAGCACUAGAAGAAGCAGAAAAGUACAAGCUGGAGUUAAGUAAACUGAGACAAAGCAACAAGGAUAUAGCUGAUGAAGAACUUAAAAAAAUUGAAGUGUUAAAAUCAGAAAACAAGAAGCUAGAAAAACAAAAGGGAGAAUUGAUGAUAGGAUUCAAGAAACAAUUAAAGUUAAUCGAUGUUUUAAAAAGGCAGAAGAUGCACAUAGAAGCCGCCAAGAUGCUGUCCUUCACUGAGGAGGAGUUUAUGAAGGCAUUGGAAUGGGGAAGCUCAUAAGUGCUCAGUCCCACUUUAUUUUACAUAUAAAAAUUAUACUGGGCUCACUGAUCUUUACUUUUCAUUACUUAUUUGUGAAAUCAAAAUAUCCACAAAUAGGGCUGGAGGGAUGGCUUAACAGUUAAGGCACUUGCUUGCAAAGCAAAAGGACCCAGAUUCUAUUCCC